UCCAUACCGCACUCUUCAAAUUAAUUCUCUUCUCAUCAAUUCUAUAGAGAUAUGGAUUACUCCAACUUGCAAAGAAAGGCUGCCUACUUGAGAAAGAGCCUCUUUGAUCAGGGUUACCUAGAUGAGCAAUUUGACCAGCUGGAAGAAUUACAGGAUGAAGUUAAUCCCAAUUUUGUGGAAGAGGUUGUGACCUUGUUCUUUAAGGACUCCUCUAGAUUACUCAAUAACAUUGAUCAGGCUCUUGAGAAGAGCCCCAAUGAUUUCCGCAAGCUGGACACAUACAUGCAUCAGCUUCAGGGUAGUACUUCCAGCAUUGGAGCCUUCAGGGUGAAGAGGGAAUGCACACUGUUCAGAGAAUACUGCGACAAAGAAAAUAUUGAAGGAUGUGUGAAAUCAUUCCAAAAAGUGAAGAGGGAGCAUGCUGUUUUGAGACAAAAACUGGAGGCUUAUUUCCAGUUGUUGAGACAAACCGGCCCUGUUGAGCGAGCUACUCGAGCUAGCAACUGAGAACAUUGAACAAACCCACUGCCUGGCUCUGGAAGUCUGUUGAGCAUGUAUAGUAAUUCUCGUUAGGAGAAUAAGCAAGUGAUGCGUGUUCUAAGUUAGAAAUCCGCAAUAUAUGAUGUUUCUGUUUCUACAUUUGCAAUCAAAGCGAUCAAAUGUAUGUUAUCAUAAUUAUCACUUCAAUGCAGUUACUCGCUUCAAAUUUAUGUUGGCAUAAUUAUCAUUUCAA